UCGCGAAAUCGACAGCCAACCGAGCCGACCCGAAUUACCAGCGACCAUUUGGCAAAAGUCAAAAAUUCGUGUGUUGGCUUUCUUUAGUCAAAUAUUAGAUCACGUAAUUAUAUUUUACAAUGGAACUCACGCGUAAAUAUUUCGCUUAAUUAGAUAGUUAAUUAGUAAAACAGGUAGUAGCGAGUAGGUUUGACUGGGUCUUUUUUAGAUCAUCAUGUAAUUUAGCCGAUGUAUUUAUGAGUCUCAAUUUGAUGGAUAUUGUAAAUAUGGAGGUGAGGGAGGCUGGGGACGGCGCCGCGGCCGGGGAGUACAUUAGGCCUCCCUCCAAGCGGUACACCUGGGCGGAAGUAAGGCAAGCGGUACACGAUUUGCGGAAGGAAUUGUCUUCCUUGUCCACAAUGGUACCUAUGGCAAUAUCGUUCAGGAAGCUUAGUAAUGGCAAGACGAGGAUAUACUUCCUGAAGACGCCUCAGAAUGGAUGGGAGAUCACUCUCUUGUACACCGACUUGACGCUGACGAAUCAGCCCAACAGUGCGAGAUUAGACUGGAAACCGCUGAUAGAGCCAGUCGCGCUGGGCGUGUCCUCAGGCAAGUGGUCCCGCGAGGAGCAGCUGCUGUGGGAGCGGCAGCGGGUGGCCGCCUGGGGGAUAGCGUCCUACGAGCUGCACGCUAAGACCGGACGCGUCUUGUUCCCAUGCGCCUCGUCGCUCUUCGUCGCCGAAGAGGGGCCUAAUCAGUCGCCGCCGCUGGUGCCCCGCUCGCUGAACACGGGCGGGGGCGCGCCGCUGACGCCGGCCAUGUGCCCGCGCACGCCGGCCCUGGUGGCGCACGCCGCGCGCGGCGACAUCUGGCUGGCCGGCGGCGGCAUACGGCGGCCCACUCGACUCACGUACGCUUGCAGGGGACACGAGCCGGAUAGGUUAGCAGACGACCCUCGCCAAGCCGGUGUACCGUGCUACGUGACCCAGGAGGAGUUCUCCAGGUAUACCGGGUUCUGGUGGCAGCCCAAGUCAGAUGACGAUGUGUACAGAAUAGUAUAUGAAGAAGUGGACGAGAGUGAUGUCAAGGUGUUCAGCUUCCCCUCGUCGCAGACCAGCAGUGGGGAGGUGGAAGAGUUCAGGUUCCCCCGUGCGGGCACCCCCAACGCUAAGUCCUCGCUCAAGAUGGUGACCUUCCGGUUGCAGCGGGCGGCACCAGCCACCGUCCUCGACUACUACCAGGACGGCUCUACCGACACAGUAUCAGACAACAAUGAAGCAAUGGAAGUGACCGACAUCCGAUGGUACGAGCUGAGGACGCCCCUCAAGGAAGCGUUCCCGUGGUUCGAGUACAUCGCCAGGGUCGGCUGGACACCAUGUGGCCAAUAUGUAUGGCUGCAGCUGCUGGACAGGAAGCAGCAGCGGCUGGAGCUGGCGCUGGUGCCGCUGAGCGAGCUGAGCGCGCCCGCCGCGUACGAGCACGCGCCUCCACACGUCGGCCAGCCGGAUCCGGAUGCAGACUGCGAACACAAAUCCCAAGACAUCCAAGUGCUGGUGUCGGAGUCGGCGCCUGACGCGUGGAUCAACGUGCACGACAUACUGCACUUCCUGCCGAGCGAGCCGCACUGCAUCAGCUUCAUAUGGGCCUCCGAGGAGACGGGCCACCUACACCUGUACCUCAUCACGUGCGCUCUACACUCGGACAAUAUGAAAACUAGAUCUGUUAUAGAAAUGAUUACUGACGAUGACGCGAACGCGGUCGGGCCAAAUAUCAUCAGCAAGGAGGCGAUCACGGCUGGCGAGUGGGAGGUGAUGGGCAGGAAGAUAUGGGUGGACGAGCCCCGGCAGCUGGUGUACUUCGUGGGGCUGCGCGAGACGCCACUGGAGCGGCACCUGUACGCCGCCUCGCUGGCGCCGCCGCGCCCCCACUCGGUCACACUCCUCACCUCCGUCGGACACUCGUGCAACGUGGAUAUCGAUGAGGAGUGUACAACGGCGGUGAUCACGUCGUCGAACAUCAGCAGCGUGCCCAGCACGCGCGUGUACCGGCUGCUGCACGAGCAGCACCACCACCACCCGCGGCUGCUCGCGCAGGGCACGCUGCUCGAGAGGACCGCAUCAGAGGGAUCAGAGACACGGAGUUUUAACGGUUCUUGGGACAGUCGGUCGGACGCGGACGAUGAGUGCGGGGACGCCACCUCACUUGUUAGAGAAAAUUCCUUAAGCGUCUGCGACAUCCCUCCCCCUCAAAUAUACGAAACGCGGUUGUCGUGUGGAGCGGCGGCCUACUGCACACUGUGGCGCUGCGGUCGCCCGGGGCGGAGCCCCACAGUCCUGCACGUGUACGGCGGGCCCGAAGUGCAGACCGUCACCAAUAGCUACAAGGGUAUUCGCCAGCUCCGCAUGCAUAUGCUGGCGGCGAGGGGAUUCAACGUGGUCGCGGUGGACUCGCGCGGCUCCAAGCACAGGGGCCGCGCUUGGGAGGCCGCCAUCAAGGGCAAAAUGGGCCAGGUCGAGCUGGAUGAUCAGGUGGAGGUGCUACAAUGGCUCGCCAAGGAGACAGGCUGCAUCGACAUGGAACGCGUCGCCAUACACGGUUGGAGUUACGGCGGGUACCUGUCGCUGCUGGGGCUGGCGACGCGGCCGAACAUCUUCAAGGUGUGCGUGGCGGGCGCGCCGGUGACCUCGUGGCGGCUGUACGACACCGCCUACACCGAGCGCUACAUGGGGCUGCCCGCCACCGCGCCGCACGCCUACACGCGAGCCUCCGUACUCGCGCACACGCCCUUCUUCCCGGACCAGGAAGGUAGACUGCUGAUCAUCCACGGCCUAGCUGACGAGAAUGUGCAUUUCUGUCACACCGCUGCGCUGCUCUCCGAGCUGGUGAGGCUUGGGAAACCGCAUCGAGUCCAGGUGUAUCCCGGCGAGAGGCAUUCGCUGCGAGCGAUGCACGCAGCCAAACACUACGAAGCGACGUUACUGCACUUUCUACAUGAAAAUUUGUAAAUUUUGUAUUAAAUAGCUUGUAUCUAAUCAUUAUAUAUAAUAAUACAAAUAAAUCAAUAUUAAAUUGUAUACACUUAA